UCUUAGAUCUUUCACAAUUUUCACCGUCUCAGCCUUCCUAACUCCACAACUUGUAUAUAAUCUUGCCUAGCACGACCAAUGUGGUUAUGAGACUAUGUAAAGCGCUGCGAAAUAGCAGUGCCAGUUUCGGCCAACGCGCAACAGUUGCGCCUUAUUUCCACCGCCGAUACUUCGCCGAUGAUCGAUCUCAACAGCAUGGCGAUCCUAAGCAAGCGACCCCGCCCAUUCGGAAAAAGAGCCACAUCAUGUACCAUGGAAUUGAUUGGGACAAUGCCUUUGAGGUUGAUUCGGAGAACAAGAAGGUAGAGACGGCCGCAGGCGAUUUGCCGCUGUCGCCCAUUAUGGACCCUGCGUAUUGGGAGGCCAAGAAGCGACAUGAAGUCCCAAAAGCGAAGCCCGGGAAACCCCAGAACUCUGUCGAGCGCCAACUCCGCGCCAACCCCUUUGCGAAAGCUCUAGCGGCACCUGUGCGAAAGUGCGUCAUAACCCGCAUUCGUUUACCUAGUUUCUUCCUUCAGGAUUUCAAGGUGGUUUCUCACCCCGAGACCGGUAAUCCAUGGUUAAUUCCAGCAAGUCUUAUGUCUGACCGGGCUCCCGCGGAAAGUGAAGUAGAUACGGAAGAGGUGUCGGAAGCCGAAAGCGGAGAAGAUUCAAAAGAGGGCGAAGAAAGUUCAGAGAAUAUAGAAUCCAAAUCAGAAAAUCUACAGCAGGAGAGCUCAGAAUCGGCUGCCACAACAGGCAAUGAAGGUAUUCAUGGUCCGGCCUCCUAUGUCUUGGCUAGACAAGAUCUCCUCUCCGCUUUCACGGACAAGAACUCGACUCUCGGAGGCGGGCCAAGGCGUCUUAUAGGAUCGAGUCCGCGAUAUAGAAGUUUAGAUAAAAAGGUUGUAUGGCGCAAAGAUAUGGACACUUACAUCCGGGAUUUGAUGUGUCAAGGCAUCGUCAGCGAGCUGCUUUACCUCUCUAGUCUUUGCGCUGAGCAAGGACGACAUUAUAUCGUCAAGUGCUACGGCUGGGACGACGUUCAGUAUAAACACAAGGGUUCCGUACUCUGGUUUGCAGACCCGGCCGAAAGCUCUAGCUCAGAUGAGACCAGCAAUCAACCUGGACCAUUCGCAACAUUUGAUAUUCAGAGAACGACCUUUCAAGGCAAGCCAUACACCGAGAGUGUAAGCGUCUACAAUAUGCCUAUGUUACUUGGGCCGGAGCAUGCUAGUCGUCUUAAGGAGGAGGCACAGACUCUAAGGGACGGCUCCAUCUUUAUGCUUGCCGGUCGACGAACGGUAAAUAUACAAUUGAAGCUAUGGAAGCUACAGGGCUAUCUAGCUGACUAUAGAGACUGAUCAUGAUAAUGAAAACAUAUAGAUCCGCUCUUAGAUUUCCCAGGCAGUGUUCACUUUCGUAUUG